AUGGACGCAGCUUUUCAUCGGCUGCGAUUUGGUUUUGAACCACCCUGUACUAUUUUGAAUUCAUUAAACAUAAACGAUGCUGGUGAUCCUCGACGUAUAAAAUAUGAUGUUUUACCAUUAACAUAUGAACCGAAUGAUGAUGUUAUUUAUAUGGCAAUAUCAGAUAAUGAUAAUAGACCUAUCUUAAGUGUUAUUAAUGCAACAACUGGCAAUUUAAUAUCAACAUUUAAAUCAAUAUCAAACACAAUUAUUUCUCUGCAAUUCGAUAUAUUUCGAAAGCAAUUAUUUGGACAUAUUUGA